AUGAGUCUGGUUUCUCAUUUUGAUUCUAACACAGAAGCUGAAAAUAUGAGUUUUACUUCCCCAGCAGCAGAGUCUGUAAAUUGGACUUACAAUGAAACGCUGGAGAAAAUUGAUAUCAGCUUAAUAAUUUCACCUAUAAAUCUAUUUAUAUCAGCAAUUGGAAUAGCUGGCAACAGCCUUGUUAUCUGGUUCCUUUCUUUCAAGAUUAAGAGAAGCCCUUCCACAAUCUACAUUUUUAACCUUGCUAUAGCUGAUGUGCUUUUUCUUCUCUUUGUCUCUGGAUUCCAUGUUUUUUCUAUUGUAUUUGCAAUAUGGUCACCAUUUAAACAACAGAUAAAAGAUAAGUACUUAAUCCAAAUCUUCUACACAUUGAUAAUAUCUUGCCUCUGUGGAUACAAUACUAGUUUGUGUCUUCUUACAGCCAUCAGUGUUGAAAGAUGUAUUUCUGUACUUUUUCCUAUUUGGUAUCGUUGUAAACGACCUAGACAUCUCUCCUCAAUUGUAUGUACUGUUAUAUGGGUAAUCUCUUGUCUGUUCUCUGUACUGGAGGUUUCAUUCUGUUACAGUCUCGCUCUAAAGCAUCUUUAUGUACACAAUACGUCUGCUAAUGUAAAGAAAUGCAACGUUAUCUUCGUGAUUAUAUGUUGUGUUAGUUUUAUGAUCUUUAUCCCAUCCAUGAUUGUGUCAAGUCUUUUGCUCUUAAUCAGGAUGUGGUCCAGUUCCCAGCAACACCAACAUCGUAAGCUCUACCUUGUGAUCGCAGUGACAGUAAUUGUUUUUCUUGUGUUUGCCAUGCCCAUGAGAAUUUUACUGCUGGUUUGGUACAAACAUCACAUCAUGCCACCAUUUCCUACAACAGACUUGAUCUCAUUGUUCACGUCUCUAAAUAGUAGCAUAAACCCAUUUAUUUAUUAUCUUAUUGGUCGUCAAGGAUCAGGAAAUGGAAAGCUCAAUCUUCUUACUAUCCUUCAAACUGUUUUUCGAGAUGACGGAAGCCAAAUCAGGAGACAACAAAGAAACAAUGUAAUGGAGUCAAUAAUGUAA